GAUGUGAUAACAGUGAUAUUAUCAAAACAUUCGAUACUGUAUCAGGAACUUCAUCGUCGUGUAAUUAAUGUUUAUAAUCACAAGUUUUUGUGAUUUUGUGUUUAUGGACAAAACUUUUUGCUAUUGUAAAGACUAUACAUCGGGAAUAAGAAUAGCAUGAUUAUCGAACUUAACACAAUGUUACCAAUUUGAUAACAGUUUUAUACAGUUUCGUUUCGGUUAUUUUAAAAUCAAUCAUAUAAACAAUCCUCUGUGAAAUGGCAACUGGUGGUCAUGAAAUCGAGAAUGAAGACAGCAGUGACAUGGUUGGUGGAUGUGUCCAGCUGCGUUCAUGUGAACCGUGUAUGAAGGAUAACACCUCUACAAAUGCGACUCAAUUUUGUACGGUGUGCAAAGAAUUUAUGUGUGAUGAUUGUAAGCGAGGACAUAGUCGCUUCAAACCUGGUAAACAUACAUUCAUCAGUGCAAAAGAUGUAACUGAAAUACCGGUAGUGGUCGACAUGAAGGAUUUAGACAAAUGCGAAGAACAUCAAAAGAAAAUUAAAUUCUUCUGCAAAGACCACUCGCUAUUGUGUUGCAGUACAUGUGCAUUUCUUCAUAGGAAAUGCACAAAUGUGGACGAGUUAGCUAAGAUUUCGGAGGAGAAAGGGGAGCUAUUGCAUGAUUUGAAAAGAGAUCUUGUUCAAGCGGCCAGUAAAGAAAGCGAUCUCAUAAAUGAUUGCAUGCAAACGAAACUAAGUUUAAACGAAAAACUGAUCAAACUUCCUACCGAUAUUGGGGAAUUAAGGGAAAAAAUAAAUACACUGUUUGCCAAGGCAACAACAGUCAUUAAUAACCAAGCUAAAGAUGUUGUCGACGAUGAAGUAAAGCGCCUUAGUGAAAGACAAGCCUCUACGGAAAAAGUUCUGCAAGCAAUUAACGAUAUACUUCCCAUUUGUUCCGCUGUGGUCGAUGAUGGAACACCUCAGCAAGUGUUUAUUCUAGCAAGGACCAUAGAGCGGAAAUUAAACGACAGUAAAGUUCAUGAUAAUCAGCUGCAAAACAACCAUUAUACAUUAAAAUUGUCAUUGCAAUUUGCAGAAGAGAUUUCGACAAUUCUGAAGAAAGGAAGUGAUUUUGCAAAACUUGAAUCUCUCCGAAUUCAUCAAAAAUCAGAGCUGACCAACGCCUCUUGACAUACCACUCUGUGCGUUUCUUAUUUAGCAAGUGUUAAUAAAACAAAUAAUAUUUUGUUGCAAGCUGACAUAAAGAAGAAAUACAAUGUAUAUAAUAAAGACAGUAGCCAGACGCGUGUAACCCAUCCCAUAAUCGACUGUUUUCCGGCUAAUAAAGUCAGUUAAUUAAAUGAACCACAACUACUGAUUUGCUACACUGCGUGGGUUUUGGUCUUUCGUCAUUGAGUAUGGUUAUUGCAAUGUACACUAAACGACGGGGGUUGCAGCAACGCUUGUUUUUAAGUUGUUUAUAUGCAUUCACUAUCGUGGAUUAUGUACAAGUGAUUGGGUGCAACUUCAACGAUGUACCUUCUGGGAUAAGGCGCGUCCUAUAUCUUGCACUACUCAUGUUGGCAAAUUUAAAAGUUCGUUGAAUCUUCGGACAACCACGUAACCAGACAUACUUGAUAAAACGCGCGCCACACAUAAUAACACAUUAUUCUAAGCAACCAGCAAUGCCGAGCUACAAACUUCACUACUUUGACAUCCGGGGCCGCGGCGAGCUGAAUCGCUACCUCUUUCUGGCGGCCGGAAGGGACUUCAAGGACAACCGGAUACCGCGAGAUGAGUGGCCAAAUGUCAAACCAAGUUGGUAUCAUGAACCGCUCGCAAAAUAUAUUCAUAAGAUAACAAAUGAAGCAUGUAAACGCUUGGAACCAGUAUCAUAAAUCACAAAAAAAUGUGCAGUGUGUACUGUUAUGAUUAAUAUUUUUUAAAUAUAUGCUAUUAUUGAUCGCUAAUGUAUUAACACAUAAUUGAUGCUACAAAUCAUUGUGUUUGAUUAUCCAAACCAGUGUGAUAAGUGAUAAAAAACAUUGUGAUUGGUGAUGUAAAUAAUUGAUGACUAAAAAAAAAGUGAUUGGUUAUCUUAACAAUCGGUGAUCCAAACCAUUUUGAUUGAUAAUCUUAAUAAUUGUUGAUCCAAACCAUGGCAAUUUGUGAUAUCAAUAAUUGUCAACCCAAACCAUUGUGAUUGGUGAUAUAAAUAAUUUGUGAUCCAAACCAUUGUGAUUGAUGAUCUUAAUAAUGUGUGAUCCAAACCAUUGUUAUUGGUGAUCGUAAUAAUGUGUGAUCCAAACAAUUGUAAUUGGUGAUCUAAAUAAUAUGUGAUCCAAACCAUUGUGAUUGGUGAUCUAAAUAAUGUGUGAUCCAGACCAUUGUGAUUGGUGAUCUAAAUAUUGUGUGAUCCAAACUAUUUUGAUUGGUGAUCUAAAUAAUAUGUAAUCAAAACCAUUGUGAUUAGUGAUCUAAAUAAUGUGUGAUCUAAACCAUUGUGAUUGGUGAUCUAAAUAAUACGAGAUCCAAACCAUUGUGAUUGGUGAUCUUAAUAAUGUGUGAUCCAAACCAUUUUGAUUGGUGAUCUAAAUAAUGUGUGAUCCAAACCAUUGUGAUUGGUGA